CCUUCUUUUCUUUUUUAUUUUUUACAGGUCACCGUUCCACCACAUCGCACAUAUUCUUCGUCGCUAAUUAGCUUCACCUGCGACCACACACACACCACCACCACCGCCGCGUCGCCAUUCCACACCGCGUCAAGCAGCGCACGCCAUCGCCGUCUCCUCCUCUUCUCCGGCGUCCAAGAACCCCUCCCGUGCCCCGGCCAUGCCGCCGCCGGAGCCGGACAAGGACAAGCCGCUGCCGAAGCCCAAGCCGCCCAAGCCCAAGCCCAAGCCGCCCAAGCCGGAGCCGGAGCCGAACACGCGCUCGGCGCCGGAGCGCGACCAGACGGCCGCCCCGUACGGCACGGUGCCCCCCGACCCCUUGUCCUGCGCCACCGACUGCUCGCCGGACUGCGUGUUCUACCACCUGUGCCCUUCGCCGCCGCCGCCGGUGGCGCCCGUGCAUCUGAGGUCGUCGCGGCUGCCCACGCCGCUCAUCGCGCUGUCGGCGUCGCUGCUCGGCGUGUCGGUGGUGCUGCUCGUCGCGUUGCUGGUGUGUCGGCUUAUGAGGGGGAGGGGGAGGAGGGGGAGGAGGAGGCGAGGUGGGCGGAACGCGCUCGCGCCGCAGGAGGCGCCGCUGACGCAGCAGCCGCAGCAGGGGGACGAGGAAGGUGGGGCGGCGGGGGCGGCGAUGGCGGCGGAGGAGGUGGAGGGCGACGACGACGACGACGACGGAGGAGGAGGGGUUCACCACGUGUGGUACAUACGCACCGUGGGGCUCGACGAGCGCGCCAUCGCCGCCAUCACCGCGCUGGUGUACGACGCCAAGAAGACCGGCGGCGGCAUCGGGCUCGCCGGCGGCGGCGGCGGCGGCGGCGGGGGAAGCUGCGCGGUGUGCCUCACCGAGUUCCGCGACGGCGAGACGCUGCGCCUGCUGCCGCGGUGCCGCCACGCGUUCCACCGCGGCUGCAUCGACACCUGGCUCCGCGCCCACGUCAACUGCCCGCUCUGCCGCGCGCCCGUCCAGAUCAGCGACAAGUCCGCCGCCGCCGCCGCGGCGGCGGCGGCCAACGCCGCGCCGGGCGCCGCCGCGGCCGUUCCCGGCGGCGCGCCCGCGCCGAACCCGCGCAACGCAGCUGCCGCCGAAGCCGACAGAGGAGAGCUCCAGGGCUCGCCGGAGCGCGGCGUCAGGCGAGCCGCGUCGAUGGUGACGCUGCCGAGGCGGCCAUGGCCGGAGGUCUCGCUCCGGUCGCCGGCGUCGAACAGUGGGCGCAUGGGCGAGAUGGGCCUCGCCAAGAUCGCUCGACUGAUGAAAUUCUCGGAAGUGUUGGAGAUGGCCGGCAUCGGAGCGACCAGGUCGGUGUCCUUCGGCGGCCACGGCAGGUCCGGCCAGUCCGCCGCCGCCGGCGCCGGCAACAACGCCGACGAGAUUUCACGGUGAAUUGCUGCUCUUCUGUGAAGGGAUGAAUCGCUGAAGGUUUCAGAUUUUGGGAGACAUGGAGGUGUUUGGUUUGGAGAGUUUUGUCACAAGGGAAAGGAUAUGGCUGUGUCUUGCCUCUUUGAUCUUUUAUCAAUCUGUGAUUGUUAAGAGAUUUUGAUUCACUCAUCAAGCUAUGGGACUUGCCGACUUGGUGUUUCUUCAUCUCUCUUCUUUACUUCCAAUCUUGCAAGAUGUUAAUUUCACCAAUAUGAUGGAUUCAUGACUGUCGGUGCAAGGAGAAGGGUUGUGUUUUGCAUCUUUAAUCUUUCAUCAAUCUGUGAUUGUUGAGAGAUUUUUAUUCACUGAUUCACUCAUCAAGCUAUGGACUUGUGUUUCUUCAUCUCUCUUCUUUACUUCCAAUUUUGCAAGAUGUUAAUUUCACCAAGAAGGUUCAUGGCUGUCGGUGCAGGAGAGGGGUUGUGUUUGAUUCUUCGAUCUUUCAUGAAUCUGUGAUUGUUAAGACCAUUGAUUUUGAUUCGCUGACCAAACAACAACCUUCUCAAACCUCAUGUUCUUCCAGUUUAUCACAAGGUUGUUGAUUGUUGCAUAAAAGUAAAGCAAGCAACCUGCACCUAGUUUUAAUUCCAGUACUUUUCAAUGUGGUUGAAACAUUUUUGAUGACUGUGAUCAGACCAAAGUACAGGAAAUGUGUUGCAACUUGUGAGGAAUUUGUUCUGCUGCACCAAUCCAGAAUGAACUGGAUCCUGUUCCAAUCCUGUUCACUGAAAAAGAAAAGGGAAAAAGAAAAAAGAAUUCAGCAUUGCAUCUGGAGCCUCCUGAUUUGCUCAUCCAAUGGAGUGCAUCAAUAUGGCUGAGGAUUCUCAAGGAAGUUGCAACGACAAGCCACCUACUUUUUUUCCCAUGUCACCAUCAAGCUACUGACACUGCAUUAAAAAGAUGAUGCUACACCAUUUGGAAAUGCUAAUGGUGUGACAAAGCAAAGGAGGGAUGCAAGUUAGGCAGUUAACCUUCAGUCACCUCACAAGGCACUAGAGCAGUAGUGAGUAGUGACCAUCAAUUAUAUAUCGACCUACCAUUAGUUGCAGGUCAUUGUUGAUAACCAAGUAAUAUGGGGUUAAGUUAGCAUUGUGUUAUUCUCAAGGCUCUUGAGAAAAUGGAGUAGUAGAAAGCAAGUACCUUUCACAAGUUAUUCAUGCUUUUUUGUUAGAUGAGGGGAUGGGAUCAUGGUUUACAAAAACCAAAGAAAAUUUGUCGGUUUUUGUGAAAACCGGACUUCUUGGACUGGCUUAGGAACAUGGACCGCUUUGUUUACAGAUCAAGUUCAUGAAAAAUUUAAACUGA